AUGAGGCCCAGCAUCAUCGUCCUGCUCCUGUGCCUGAGUUCCUUGGUGAUGUCGACAGAGUCCAAGCUCCAGAGACAGUCUGCAGGGACCGGGGACGAAGACGAGGACGACUGGAAUGACGAUGAGGACGACGACGACGACGAUGAUGACGACGACGACGACGAAGGUGGAGGAAGCUACUCCCAGCCGGAGGUGGACGACGACGGCAGGAUCUACAAGAAUCCGCGCAACUCCCCCUCGGCAAUGUGUCCAAGAGAUGAAGAGCAAGCCGAGUUGGUGGGACAGAAGUGCCUCCGGAAGUGCUCGACCGACGAGGACUGCAAAAGCAAGAAGAAGAAGUGCAGGUGCGACGGCGCUUGCGGGAUGUCCUGCAUAAAGCCGGACCGAGAAUGCCCGGAACUCGCGGACGUUGACCACGGGUCACUCAUUGUGACCGGUCGUCUGUUUGGUGACCGCGCCCGGUACACCUGCGACCCCGACUUCUUCACCGUGGGGUUGUCCGAGAGGGUUUGCAGAGCCGAUGGUCAGUGGUCAGGGAGUACUCCGUCCUGCAAGAAGGACUCCACCUCCUUCUGCUCGGACCCCCCUAAAGUCGGUCACGCUCGGCACAACGCACCCCUGGAACAGACCACCUUCGACCUGGACAACAUGGUCCAGUACUUCUGCGAGCACGGAUACGCCGCCAGCACUGGUUUUCCCAAGGCGAAGUGUCUGGUCAUGGAUGGUGCCGCCAGCUGGUUUGGUCCUGACGUUUCCUGUGAACCCCAGAGCUGCGGAGCUCCUGCAAAUAUCCCCAACGGGUGGCAUGCCGGGGAGUGUUACACCUAUGAUUGCAGGGUGUCCUAUCACUGCACCGCCGGGUACGAACUCAUCGGCAAGCCGGAGAAGAUCUGCCUGUCCGAUGGAACUUGGUCGCCAAAGGAGCUGCCUCAGUGUGUCCAGGUGACCGCGGUCCAGUGCCCUGCCCCGGAAAACCCGCGGAACGGCAAAGCCGUGUACACCUCGUACGCUUACAACUCUAUCGUGUCGUACGAGUGCAAAUAUGGGUACACCAUAAUGGGCGUCACCACCAGACGCUGCGGAGCCGACCGGCGUUGGACCGGGCAGACUCCGAUGUGCAAGGAGAUCAAUUGCGGAUCGCCGGGGAUCCUGUACAACGGAUGGAUCGAGAACAUCGAGUCAGGUACCGGGUUAGGCGCGAGCAUCAUCUUCAGGUGCAACGAGCACACGAAGCUCGAAGGGAACGCGUCCUCGAUCUGCCAGAUCGACGGGAAGUGGAGGUACCCUCUCCCGCGUUGUCUAGCUCCUUGCGUGGUCCCUAGGAUAGAGAACGGCCAUGUGAGCAUCGCCAGCAGAGAGCACGACCGCAUAAACAACGUGACCGUGGUCGAGCACGGCGAGAGGCUCAUCGUGGAGUGUAUCUCCAACUACGAGUUCGCGGCCAACAGCACCCCGGUGGUCUGCAACAACGGCACCUGGUCCAUCGUCCCCGUUUGUUCUCCAGCUAGGUGCAAGCAGAUGCCGAAGGCUCCGAAGAACGGGAUGGUGAUCGCCCCUAAGACCGACCACGGCAUGAGGGCGGUCUUCAAGUGCAAGGAUGGCUUUGAGAUCGUUCACUCCACCGGUCCCGGAAAUACAACUAGCAAGUACGUCGAGUGUCGAUAUGGCAACUGGACGGGAGACAUUCCCCAUUGCGUGGAGGUAUACUGCCCCUUCCCUGGGUAUGUCACCAAUGGUAAGGUACUGCUUGUCGGCAACAUGGGUGUCUACGACUACCGGCCCUAUGUCAAGAAGAUCGUCAACAAUAAACAGAUCAUGUACGACUGCGACAAGGGCUACGUCUUGAGCGAGGGGCCACCUGGAGCUACUUGUAUCGGCGGUAGCUGGAGCCCACGGGAGCUGCCCAAAUGUACCCCUGGUCAGCAUCCAAGGCUACGUUGGAGCAAACGACGACGUCGUUCUGCUCCAACGUCGCUACCGCCGGUGACAAGUAUGAGUUCUCGGGUCAGGCGUUACAACGAGUUCGUCGAUUUGUUCAGAAGACUCGUUCAUAGGAUCCUGCACGUUUUGCAGAACAAGAAGGGACACGGCCAUUCGGACCACCACCGCAGAAACAGCACUCGAGACUGGGCUGGUGGGAAACGUUCGCACCGUAGAAACGAGGUACCCGGGUCCCGAGAUUGGGACGAAAAGAUGAUAGACUCCUUGAAGGCCUUGUCCAGGAAGCUGGAACGCAUAGACUCCAGACAAGCCAACGGAACACGUCAGGAACCGGACGCGAAUUCCAGUAUACCCGAAUUGUUUUACUCGAUAAAGGAGAACUUCUAUCGCGUCGAUUUGGAAGACCAUGAGAAUGGUACCAUAGAUGACGAGCCGCAGUUCUCCGCUAAGGAUCGAAGGGAGAUCACCAAGCUAGGGAAGACGUUCUUGAGGAUCCUGGGAUUCUACUGCAAGCCUGCUGGUUGGAAAGAAAUUGGACAGAACAUUUGGAGAGGACACAGACGUCGAGACGGUUCCGGAGCUGGUGAUGGGCACCACAAGGGGCACAAGGAGGAGGGCAGAAAACAUAAACCCAAGGGUUACUACAGAGGAUUUUAUGAAUUCAUCAGCAACUACGUCAACGACAAGCUUUCCAUGUUGGAGGCCCAGAACGCGACCGAGGAGCUGAUGAGAAAGAUGAACAUCGACAAGUUCACCGUUCGAAACGGGACCACGUUCACCAUUGGGCAGGUGUAUGCGCUGUUCAAGCAUAUCAUAGAAAAUAAGCUGAAUUUGACCAAGCCCAGGAUCGAGGAGGGAACUACCACCACGGAGUCGAGUGUCGAGACCACUUCAGGGUUGAACAACGAGAUCUCACAGACCGAUAAUGCGGAUGGAGUGCCGAAGCAUCGAGGAAAAAGGAUUCGCGAGACGCCGGAGGAAAAUCUACCGGUGUCGAUCCAGAAGAGGAAGUUGCUGUCCAUAAACUACCCCCUGAGCAACUCUAAACCCCAUAAGAUUCAGAUUCGCCGAAACUCCAGGAACCCUCGUUAUUCUAAAUCGAGGCAGUUCACGUUAAACGAACUGGAGGCUCAGCAGCAAAGCCGCUCCAAGAGGUUUCUCCCAGCCAUGGAAUUGGCGAGUCAAAUCUUUCUUAAGGAUUUAUAUCUACACGCGUAUGAAGACGAAUACAGGGCGAAUGUAAAGCGCUCGAUUCAGCGCACCUCCACGUCCGCCACGGACAAGCGCAGCACCGGCUGAAAAGCCUUUAGCCAUUUAAUGUAAUAAUUAACCCAAUGUGAUAUCAUGGUAUUUACCGAGUUAUCUAUAAUUACGAAUUGGUUUUAGACGAAUGUAACUCUGGAUACCCACGCACAGUCGUAGUUGAUCGCUGCCCCCGUCUGUCCGAGUCGUGCUGUGUAUCGCGCAUUUUAAA